GGACAGCCAACACAACUCGACCGAGCGCAGAGCUUACCUGGCUCCGCCGAGAUAUUUAUAUUUUCCCCUGAAAAGGAAGGAGUGUGGACCGCCGGAAAGCCCUGACGUCACCAUGACAGGUAGACAGUAAAGAGAGGUUUGGGUCGUGAGGAGGAGAGGGAGUUAACACUGCGGGCGUGCUUGAGGUGGCCUCUCCAUCCCGGUGAACACCUUUCCGGGUUCGGAGCGCGCUCGGACGCACGUUUGACGAUGGACGGCUGGCCGCCGCUGCUGCUGCUGGCUCUCCUCGCCAUUGCGGGAGGCGGCCUUGGGGCAGACACAGAGGAGCGGUUGGUGGAGCAUCUCCUAAACCCAGCGCAUUAUAACAAACUGAUCCGUCCCGCGACUAACGGCUCCGAGCUGGUUACUGUGCAGCUGAUGGUGUCUUUGGCCCAACUCAUUAGUGUUCAUGAACGAGAGCAGGUGAUGACCACCAAUGUCUGGCUAACACAGGAGUGGCAGGACUAUCGUCUGACUUGGGUCCCUGAGGAGUUUGAUGGAAUGAUGAAGGUCAGGCUGCCCUCCAAACACAUCUGGCUGCCUGACGUGGUGCUUUACAACAAUGCUGAUGGGGUGUACGAGGUGUCGUUCUACUCUAAUGCAGUGGUGUCUUACGAUGGCAGCAUCUUCUGGUUGCCCCCGGCAAUCUAUAAAUCAGCCUGUAAGAUUGAGGUCAAGCACUUCCCCUUUGACCAGCAGAACUGCACGCUGCGCUUCCGCUCCUGGACCUACGACCGCACUGAAAUCGAUCUGGUGCUUCGCGCUGAUGUAGCCAGCAUGGAUGACUUCACCCCCAGUGGAGAGUGGGACAUCAUCGCCCUGCCGGGCAGACGAAAUGAAAACCCAGCUGACCCUACCUACGUGGACAUCACAUAUGACUUCAUCAUUCGCAGGAAGCCUCUUUUUUAUACUAUCAACCUCAUCAUCCCGUGUGUGCUCAUCACCUCGCUGGCGAUCCUGGUCUUCUACCUGCCCUCUGACUGUGGCGAGAAGAUGACACUCUGCAUCUCAGUGCUGCUGGCUCUCACCGUGUUCCUGCUGCUAAUCUCCAAGAUCGUCCCACCAACUUCACUGGAUGUUCCUCUGGUGGGGAAGUAUCUGAUGUUCACCAUGGUUCUGGUCACUUUCUCUAUCGUCACCAGUGUAUGUGUCCUGAAUGUGCACCAUCGUUCUCCCACCACACACACCAUGCCCCCUUGGGUUAAACUGGUGUUCCUCAACAAGCUUCCUGCCCUGCUCUUCAUGCGCCAGCCAAGAAACAGCUGCGAGCGUCAGCGGCUGCGUCAAAGGAGGAGGGCGCAGGAGCAGAGCGAGGGUGGUCGAAGUGGAGAGGCAGGGGCCUUGAUGGUGGGGCUCGGGCUGGGAAAUGCUGGUGGGAAUGGAGGGGGGACCUCCACAGCAGUGUUUGGCAAGGAGGACAGUGACCCUUGUACGUGCUAUGUGAACCGCGCGUCUGUUAAACAGUUUGGAGGAGAUCUGGGAGGUGCAGGAGGGGGAUCCAUGGAUGGUCUAAACAGAGUCAGAGAAGGUCGAGAAGGGGGCUCUGGAAACCUUCCAAGAGGGAAGCAAGCAGCUGCAGGUCCUGCUUUGACCCAGGCCCUGCUGGCUCAAGCCUGUCCAGGCUUUGAGGAAGCUGUGGAAGGAGUACGCUUCAUCGCUAAUCACAUGAAGAGUGAGGAUGAUGAUCAGAGUGUGAGCGAGGACUGGAAGUAUGUUGCCAUGGUGAUUGACCGCCUCUUCCUGUGGAUCUUUGUGUUUGUAUGCGUGUUCGGCACAAUGGGCAUGUUCCUGCAGCCGCUCUUCCAGAACUACACAGCCAAGACCAUCAACAUGCCAGGUUGACCAUUUUCCCCCAACCACAAACACGCUGACAGACAGCUCCCCGACCAAUCAGCACAGCAGGACAUGGGCCGGAGGCGGGGGGUGGGUCUGGGUUUUAAUGUGUCUAUGGUACAGGAACCAGAACUGGAAUAAACAACAAUCACAUCCAUUACCUUUAUAGUAACAAUUUUUGCAACAAACGAUUUUUCUCCUAUGAAGAUAAAGAAAAACACCAUCUUACUCUUACCUGCAAGUUUUUGGUUAUUUUUUUUUGUCCAGAUGUUUAAUGGUCUGACCUCCUCUUUCUGGUGGAAAGGUCCCUCCCUGCUUUCCUCUUCAGCCAGCCAGGGAGUGAGGAUUCUCCGAGUUAUUCCUUGUUGAACCUUACGCCAGCUAGUUAACACUUUCCACAUUACACUGACUGCUUAAGUGACACGUGACAUACCCGCCUUCAGCUACGACAGACGUUACUUAUUCACAAUGUUGACUGAUGUCAGUAUCAGAGAGGAAAGGGAAGUUUAUAUCAAGGUUCUUAUACUUUACCCCCCCCCCAAAAAAAUCCACUAUGUCAGUAAACUGAUUCAGUAUAUUUUAUCAUAGCAUAGCUGCUUACCACAGUAUAGCAUUGAGUAUAUAUUAUUAAGAUUUCUCUAUGUGUUAAAUCAUGCAAGGAUGUGAUGCUAAUAGAGAGACUAUGGUGUGUUGUAUGAUUGUAUAGAUAUAACCAGAAUGUGAUAUAAACUGUAAUACACAGCCUGUGAUGCGCACAUGAACACAAUAUGUGUAAAAGCAACAGAUUGUGAAGGAAAAAUAUAUAGAAGGUAGUUGUACUUCGGAAAGAGCCAGGUUGCAUUAUUACAUAAAAGUCAAAGGGAUGAAGUAAUAGAUUAUGCAUGGACGGUUUUCUGCUCAGACUGUUGUGCACAGUAAGUAGAGAACAGCCGCAGCCUGCUGUGCCAGAGUGCACAGCUGCACUGAGACGAGUCUAGCUCCUGAGAAAAUGAGGAAUCUGAGCCAAGAGUGUGGAUAUGGCCUCCUAUAUGAUGGGCGGUGGAACAUGGUGGAUUGAUGGGAGGUUUAUGGAUAUUAAGUCAUGUCACAACUGUUCAUUUUCUGUUAUCAGAGCAGGACGAAACCUCAUUCGCUCGUCAUUUUCUCCUCUCCUCUCCUCUCCUCUCCUCUCCUCUCCUCUCCUGAAUAUAUAUUUCUGCAGUGGAUUUUGUUCAUGUAUGUAAUGUCCAGAACAUAUGUACACAUGUACAUCUGUGAGAUGCAGUGUUCAGAGGAGCAUAACCAUGUAUGUAUCCCUCCCACCCUUCCACCCUUUCAAUUAAUCUCUGCUGUCCUCUCUCCAGUCCCGCUCUGUUUAUCUGGUCUUCCACGGGCGCUCACUUCUGACAUUUAGUCCACUUAGAACAACAGCUAACUUCCAGUCAUUAGUGCCGUAUUCUUUUUUGUGGCAGAUUUCCACAAUCUUCACAGGAUCCCUGACAACAAAGAAGAUGCAAAAGGCCUUUUCAGGCACACAUGCAGUCGGGUGGGGGUGGGGGGAAUUAAAUUUUUAGUAAACAAGAGCAAAAUGCCAACAGGAGCAACAAUGAAGCAGUCCUGGCAAGGCAUUAAGUUGUGCAAAAUCAGAAGCAGAAAGGAUGAAUGCCGAGGAGGGAAAAAAAGCAGGAUAGGCAGAGACAAAAGACUCUUGUUAUUAGUGCAAUGGAAAGGAACGAUAAACCUCUGGAAAAAGGCCAUCUCCCUGGUCACUGUCAUUUGCUGCAGGUUUCCUGGCUUUAUGCAGUCGUGUGACCAAAUCUGCAGCUCAACUGAGUUUGGGACUGGAAGGCGUCUCUUGCUGUGUCUAGGGCGGAUGGGAUUACCCGCGGGGGUUCCCGGGCAGAUCCCGAACAAGUGUGAAAAGCCUAUCAGAGACCUGUGAAAACUGUAGGCUGCAUGUCUCCACACGGAGAAAGUGCUGCUGUCCACUCUCUUCUCUUUCUCUUUUUGACCUUUCCACUCUCCUUCCUUUCUCUCUCACUUCCUCUCUCAUUAUGCUCUCUCCCAUCUUUCACCUUCCCCUUCCUGACUCUAAAAUCUGCUCCUGUGCACACCUUAACCAGUCCAAUAAAGGUUGUAGGUUCA